AUGGAGCAGCAACAGAAAGAAAAGAUUUCUGGAGUUCGGAAAGAGCAGCGUGCACUCCGAGAUAUCAGAGAAGAAGAGGAGAGGAUUCUAAAUCCAAUGGAGAAAAAUCUUCAAGUAAUUCAAGAGAAUUUAAAUGCCAUCUACAAGGAAAUCUCAAAGUUACAGGAACAGAUGGAUCAACAAGACAAUAUCAUAUUCCUCAUGGAGGAAGCUCGUCGGAAGAGGAGGAUGAGUGAUGAUACCCAGACAUUGUCAGUGACAGAUGGUGCCCAAUUGGUUGAAAAAUUCGAUCACCCCUAUUUGCUCGACAUAGCAUCGGAAGAAGUGAUUGGCGGCAUUAAACACGUCUCUGUCACCCUGGAUGUGGAAACGGCGAAUCCGUGGCUCGAGGUGUCUGAGGAUCGGAAGAGUGUGAGACGGACCGGGACCCGGAGGAAUCUCCCUGACACCGGGAAGAGGUUCACAUACUGGGCUUGUGUGCUGGGAUCGGAGGGAUUCACAUCGGGGAGACAUUACUGGGAGGUGGAGGUGACGGGGAAUCGGUGUUGGGAUCUGGGAGUCGCCGCAGAGUCUGUGGAGAGGAAGGGAGCGGUCACACUGAGUCCGGAGACCGGAUGCUGGACCAUCGGGCGGUUUUAUGACGGGAUGUGGGUUUACACCUCCCCUGUGUCCCGUCUCCCUGCCGGUCCCAUCCCCGGGAGGGUGGGAGUUUAUCUCAGUUACGAGUCCGGGACAGUUUCAUUUUACAACGCGGAGACCAAGUACCAUCUCCACACCUUCACUGGGAAUAAAGUCACGGAGAAACUUUAUCCUUACUUCGGGUUUGGAUAUAAAAACCAGUGGCUGAGAAUCUGUUCCGGUUCCGCUGCGGGUCUGUAAACGGGUCGGGUCCCGGGACCGGUGUCAGGAGUCAGUCAGUGUAAAUAUAAAUGUGCGGAGAGUGAA